AUGGAGCGAAACCCUGACCGACUGGCCGUCCUGUCUCUCUCCAGUGACGCGUGGAGUGCAAAGGCGAUGGGUGUUCUUAUGGCAAGGACCCAAACGACAUCGACGUGCUCGAGAUGCGCUUUAGUGCUUUGCUUCACUGGAUCCGAGGUUGCCAAAGUCGGACACUGUGACCCAAUCCCUGGCGAUGAAGUUGAGUGUAACUUGGGUCUCGGUUCAAGCACCUUUUGGAGCAAGUUCCAUUGCUAUUUGGCAUCGACAGUUGAUGAUGUUAAUGACGAGGCUACGUCUUAA